UCCACGCUUCGACACAUAUUCAUCCCAUUCUCACCGAGUUUGACUGAGUCUUAACUACACUAUAUGAUCUGAGUGAUAAAGGCCUUUUCCCUAUCUGUGUUGAUUCUGUCUGUUGACCAUACGAUAAUAACAUGCAAGAGAAGACGAGGACGCCAGUCAUCAUCGACACUGACCCUGGCGUGGAUGACAUUCUAGCCAUCCUGCUUGCCAUCACAUCCCCCGAACUCGAAAUCCUUGCAUACAUCAUUUCAUUCGGGAACACCGAUGUUCACGCAGCUCACGACAACAUCUACAAGCUUUACCAGGCAAUAGGGCGUCACAUUGCGCUAAACCCUGAAGAUGCCGCAAGGUUUCCGAAUUUUUCACCCACAGUCCCACCCCUCCUUGUGGUCGGACCAGAUGGACCCUUAGAAGGUGGACGGCACUUUGCUCAAUACUUCCACGGCCGUGAUGGUUUAUCAAAUAUAAGCGAACGCCACCCUGACUUGAAUGUCGACCUCGGAAGUUCCACUUUUUGCCACAAUUUUCAACCGGUGAAAGAAUCAGGUGUCGAGGUGGCCUUGCGCUUACUGGAGUCACGUCCUGACAGAAGCAUCACAUAUGUAGUCCUGGGUCCGAUGACUAACCUGGCACAACUUGUGCGCCAACACCGUCAAACAUUUGUGGAUAAAAUCGGUCGAGUCAUUGCCAUGGCGGGAGCCUUAGAUGUUCCCGGAAAUACUACUUCGGUCGCGGAAUUUAAUGUUUUUGCUGAUCCUUACGCAGCAAAAGAACUUUUAGUGCCGACAGAUCUUACCAGUGGUCUCCCGCUCGACAGAGUGAUACUCGCUCCCUUGGAUAUCACUACUAACCACGAACUCCCUUUGCCGCAUUAUAUACAAACGGUAGACCCUGCGUUCAAGUCUACAGCCCAACCGUCGAAUGCGGAUGGUAAAUCACCCCUUGUCCACUUUACAAGCUCUGUCUUCGAACGCACGAGGGAAAUCAUGAUCGAGUCUGGAAAGGAUGUACUAGAGUUGCAUGAUAUUGUCGCCAUUUGGUGCGCAAUCGAGAAUCCACCUGAAAUUACUCCAGCUGGCAGUCUUCCUGGAAUGUCGACUGGAUGGGCUAUAGCCGAGCGAACAUUCGAUAUUGAACGGAGCGGAGAAAUUACUCGUGGCAUGUUCGUCACUGACCGAAGAGUGGAGAAUACCACAUAUGCACCUGGUACCAAUCGGGCAGAGGUCCAAACUCUGCUUGACCUGCGACAGAUCGGGCACGGGCUCCUCGAGUCCACCGCGCUGCCUGCGAGAGUAGAGGCCGAAGACCCAGCGCUUGAGCAGAGACAAGGGAAAGGCGUAGCAUGCCUCGUGGAAACGCCAGGGCCAAGCGUUCUUCUCCAAUUGCUGACACGUAGGGUCUGGGGCAUCCAAUGAUUGUCAUUGCCACAUGUAGAUUGAUCAAUGGAAAGUUGUACCUGGCUGAUAAUCAUCGCGACUAUGCGCAUGCGUCAGACGGAUCUAUCACGUUUCCAGUGAU